UCCGGGGACAUGUGGAGAUGUCAGGGCAAGUACUGAGACUGGAGCUGCUGGACUAGAGGGCACAAUGAUUUCCGAGGAGGGGACUCUCCCCUGGGAAAAUACAGGUUUCCAAAAGCUAGAACAAGAGAUGUUUAAACUGCCUGACUUUUUCUACAAUCCCUCUAACCCUAACUGGACAAUGAAAAUGGAAAAUGACACAUGGGACAACAUGACAGGCACUGGCAACCAGUCUUCUAGCAGCACAAAGAUUGCUCCUGGCCAGUACCAGACCAUGGAGAUGAUCUUUAUUGCCACUGUAACUGGAUCCCUUAGCCUGGUCACCGUAGUGGGAAAUAUCUUGGUUAUGCUUUCUAUCAAGGUCAACCGACAAUUACAAACAGUAAAUAACUAUUUCCUAUUCAGUUUGGCGUGUGCUGAUCUCAUCAUCGGAGUGUUCUCCAUGAAUCUCUACUCACUUUACAUUAUUAAGGGAUACUGGCCACUUGGCAAAGUUGUGUGUGACCUCUGGUUGGCCCUAGAUUAUGUGGUCAGUAAUGCCUCUGUCAUGAACCUUCUCAUCAUCAGCUUUGAUCGUUAUUUCUGUGUUACAAAACCACUAACCUACCCAGCUCGUAGAACAACCAAGAUGGCUGGACUAAUGAUUGCUGCUGCCUGGUUACUCUCCUUUGCACUCUGGGCUCCUGCCAUCCUUUUCUGGCAGUUCAUUGUUGGUAAGAGGACAGUUCCAGAUGGGGAAUGCUACAUCCAGUUCCUUACCAACCCUGCUGUAACAUUUGGUACUGCCAUUGCUGCCUUCUACCUUCCUGUGGUCAUUAUGACCAUUCUCUACAUACACGUUUCAUUGGCCAGCAGAAGCAGAGUCCGCAGGCAUUGUCCAGACAUCAAGCCAGAGAAGAAAUCAAAGCCAAUCAGUUCUCUGAAGAGCCCUCUAAUAAAGCAACCCAAAAACCUACCCAAGCAAGACACAAGGGAAGAAGGGGAAAAUGGAGUAAAGAAUGGUAAGAUUGAGAAGUCAUUGACCAAUCUGCAGACAGUGGAAGAAAAAGAAACCUCCAAUGAGUCUAGUUCUGCCAGCAUUACCCAUAACCCACCAGAAAAGCAGUCAUUAAGUGAGCCAUCUUCAGGUGUGGUAUUGGCUCCUACCCAGGCUGCACAACCAACAAUCCCAAGGAUCAAUACAACUUCAAAGUGGUCCAAAAUUAAGAUUGUCACAAAGCAAACUGGCAAUGAGUGUGUGACAGCAAUUGAGAUAGUGCCUGAUUCCGCUUUACAACAGGACCCAUUACAGCAAGACACACGCCCAGUCAAUGUGGCAAGAAAGUUUGCCAGCAUUGCACGUAACCAAGUAAGGAAAAAAAGGCAAAUGGCAGCAAGGGAAAAGAAAGUUACCAGGACCAUCUUUGCUAUUUUGUUAGCUUUCAUCAUCACAUGGACACCGUAUAACGUCAUGGUGCUUAUUAACACAUUUUGUCAGACCUGCAUUCCUGAAACAGUCUGGUAUAUUGGAUACUGGCUUUGUUAUGUCAACAGCACUGUAAACCCUGCGUGUUAUGCCCUGUGUAAUGCAACCUUUAAAAAGACUUUUAAACACCUCCUUAUGUGCCAGUACAAGAACAUUGGUAUGGCUAGAUAG